AUGAGCCAGGGUGAAGGCUUGGCGGGCGACGCCCCGGCUGGGCCUGACUCCCGGGGCGCAGGUUCUUCAAGUCCUUUUUUUGUGUCAUCUAUUCGUGGUACAAUAAUUGAAAACACUUCAGCUGGAACUUUGACACAAAUUCCUUUUUUCCCUAAAUAUGAAGUGGAACUUGAUCCUCAUAGAAAACUCAUUCCUUACCCUGGAAAGGAACACAUCGAACGUGUUUUGGAUGAAUAUUCACAUCAAGUAAAAGAUUUGCAGAGAAAAUUAAAUGAAUCUCUUGUUCCAGUAAAAACCUCCAUAGACAGUCAUAAUGAUUCCAUGGCUUUUGUUGCCAAUUCUAUGCCAACGAAUGUUCAAUUUAUAUUUUUCACAGACUUCUUUCUUGUCUGA